AUGCAGACGGAAGCGUGGGAGGCCCGGACGUAUGGCUACAGUGUGAGUAAUACGCUUCGCGGAGCAACGACACAAUUGGUGAAGCCUUGCUCAAGCCGCCUACAGUUAAGCAAGGCAGCAGCAAAAAAGAAAUUAUCGAGCACAACUACAAGAGCUCAGGAUAUGGUUUGUAAGCUCAUGCUUUAUCAAUGCAAGAUUGUGUAG